AUGAAAAGGGCGAAUAUGCAUCUUCGAACACCGAUGAGGCUGACUACGCUUGUUUGGAUGCUUUCUGUACUGAAUACAGGAUGGAGCAUUCUUACAUCCACUUCAGAUAGUGACAAGGUUUGCAGGAGCCCGGAAUGUACGAAAAUGGCGAAACAAAUUACUGAAGCCAUUGACAACCGCGCGGAUCCUUGCGACGACUUCUUUGCAUAUGCAUGCGGCAAAUGGAAGAGAGACACACAAAUUCCUACAGGCAUUUCUGCUGUUAACCGAUUCACAGAAGCAGCGAACAAAAGAGACCAGAAUAUGAAACAAUUACUAAAUCAACAGACUUCUCCAAGGGGAACACAGUCCAUUGACCAAAAGCUGGGCAUUUUAUUCAGAAAGUGCACGGGGCAGUACUCGAAAGAGAGUGAAAACAACGAAAUAAAGAAGUUAUUGAAGGAAAAGUUUGGUAGUUGGCCAAAGAAGGUUGACUCUAAAUCCAAACCUGCUGAAUCUACAAAACUUCUGAAGGACGUCGGUUUCCUUGGCCUUCUUGGAAUAACUGUGGAUAUCAAUGUGAAUGAUAUUAGUAAAUACGCUAUAGUUCUGAAAGAACCGUCGACCGAUCCGCUUAGUGGGCAAGCUCUGCAGGCAUUGACUGCAGCGCAAAAAACUGCUUACAAGGAGUACAUUGCGCGAAUGAUAACUGCAAUUGACCCGAAAGUCAGAGACGCACAAGGAGUCGCCAAUUCUAUAUUCGACUUUGAGGAGGACCUUUCAUUUAGAACCGGUGCACCGCAGGACUCAAUGAAAAUGACUACACUUGGUAACAUUGAUAACGAAUUGAAGUCGACGAUGAUAAACUAUAAAGAUUUGAUUAAAAAGGAAUUUUCUACAUCGAAGAAAAAAGUUUCCUUACAAGAUACCCAAAUUAUUGUUGUAGAGAGCACUGCGUACUACGCCAAGGUCGAAAGCGCUCUUAAAGACAAUGAACAGGAGGUGCUCUAUAACUACCUUGGGUAUAAAUACCUAUCUCAACUCGUUAAGUUCUCAAGAUCAGAUUUGUUUUCCUACUACACAAGUUUCUUGAAAACUGUCGAUCCUACUUACAAUCAACCACCACAGACGGAUUUUACGAGCCUUUGCAUAAGGGACCUGAUGGUUACUAUGAAGCACGCUUUCGGUCAACUUUAUGUUAAGAACUUUUUUAAGGACCAACAAAUUCGGGACGAGGUAAAAGAAAUUACCAACAAAGUGAAAGAAGCAGUGAAGACAUUGGUUCAAAAGCCUUGGCUACAAGCUAAAACAAAAACGGAUGCACAGAAGAAGGUUGACCAAAUGGCAAUUUCCGUAGGAUAUCCCGAUUGGCUUUUGCAGACUUCCGAGAUUACUGAAUUGUUUAAAUAUGUUCCUCAGUUGGAUGACAAGAAAUCGCUUUAUGUUACAAUGGUGAAGUCUGUACUGGAGAAUAAUGUGCAGGUUAAUCUGGAAAAACUAACUAAAUCAGUAGACAAGAAUAAAGAAUGGUCAAGAGAUUCAGCUGAUGUGAAUGGAGAGUACAAGCCCUCAACAAAUUCUUUCAUACUGCAUGCUGGACUGCUACAGGAGCCCCUCUACGCAUACAAAAUCCCAGUUGCUGCCAGCCUGGGAAGUUCUGGCUUUUUCGGUGGCCACGAGCUCACACAUGGGUUUGACAGUCAAGGCAGGGAGUAUGAUGCCACUGGAAAAAGGUCAAAAUGGUGGACUACAACUGAUAUAGCUGCAUUUACAAAGGAAGCCCAGUGUUUUGUGACCCAAUAUUCAGCUAUACAUGAUCAAGAAGCCGGAGUACAACUCAGUGGAACAAGAAAUGAGGUGGAGAAUAUUGCUGACAACGGCGGAAUGAGUGCUAUUUUAUUGGCUCUCACGAAUAUAUUAAGAACAACACCCAAUGCGGACGUGAAACUCCCAGGACUUGAGACUCGUUCUCCACAGGAGCUGUUAUUUCUCGCAUAUGCAAAUACAUUGUGCAACAAAAUGACAAAGGAAGCACGAAUCUAUUUUGCUCAACAAAAUCCGCACAGCCUACCAAUGCACAGGGUGAACGUCCCACUGCAAAAUCACCAAGAGUUCGCGGCAGCAUUCAAAUGUAAGGCGUCGACGAAGAUGAACCCAACUAAGAGAUGCACGCUAUGGUAA